AAGAGCAUUCAUUAAUAUUGGAAACAACAGAGCAUGUCCAGAAACAAAGGUGUCCUGGAAAACAGUCCUGCAGCAGAAGGAAGAGUAACUAGUGGACUUCAUAUGAGGCAAGACAGAUGUAAAUUGCUUGCCUUUUGAAUCAGUUUAUUUUAAUGUGUUUCUGUCACAGUACACUUUUGCAGUAACAUUUCUGGAAGAGCAGCUGUUGCUGUUGAGUGAGCAUCCAGCUGCACUGACUCUACCACUUCACUGUGCUCCACCUGCCUCUCGUGUUCUCAGCCUCCACUCACCCCUUUCCUGCAUAAAUUCCUACCCCCAACACAUGGCUUUACCCUCCUGGUUACUGAUUUCCUCUGUCACAAUUGGGCCACCUCUUUUAAAGACCUGAAUUUGGUAAAGCCAGUGCCUAAAAUAACAGUUUUCCUUGACCUACCCCUCCCCAUCCCUGAGAAACAUGCACCUGCACACAUGCUAAGAGGCAACUCACAUUGGUGGGAAGCUGCUCCACUUUAUGUCUUUUCCACUGGAGCAGUUCUUUUAAGGGAAGUAAUCUGUUAGUUGUGUCACCACUUGCUUUUGCAGUUGAAUUUUUUGCUGUUUUUACAACUAGAACCUUACAAAGCAGUAUAGGGAGGUGUGAGCUGGCUGUUUUAGUAUCCAAUAAUAACCACACAAGUUAGGCAGCUGGAGAGAAAGCUGUGAGUGCUAGUCAGAGCCCAGCAUAUCUUUGGAGUAACUCCACAUCUCAGAAACUGCUCACUAAGAGAUGUAUUGUCUCCUACUGCUGGUUCUGGGUGCUCACAGACACCCCUCAAGGCUGCCCUGUGUCCCAGUCUGAGGUGCUGGGCUCCUUUAUGGGCCACAUAGGUUAUGCAAGUGCUUUGUGUCAGCCUCCUAGGCUCUCAGGACCACGGUACUGGAUGGUAACAGCUAGUGCUUAGAGAAGUUAGUCCUUUGUUGAACCUAGAUUGAUACCUGACAGAGACUAAUAUUCUUUAGUGCUACCUUAUCUUGGCAAGUCAGAGAGAAAAGGUGAGAUGACAUACCCCCUCAGACAACAGCAGUUUUUGCCUGUGCCCAUUCCCCUCCUGUGUCAAUGUUUGCAUUUAUAUGAAGCAUAUUUUCCCUUCAAACCGUUAAUGGGAAUUUAUGAACAGUAUCUUUGUUGGUUGUUGGCUUUUCUUCUUUUAAAGUCAAGUCAAAAUUAACAAAUACAGGUCUCAUUCAUAAGCAGUGAAGUGUAUAAACCACUGCAAAUCAUGCAAUGAAAGUAGCAGUCCAAGUUUACACUCUACAGAUUACAGCAGCAAAGGGAUGGUUCAGGAAGUUUCUGCUUCCGUCCUGAGAGUAGGUAGAAGGUUACAAAUUAAUCUCAGAAGAUUAACUCAAAGAGUUAAUGAGUAGGUUAAAACUGUGUGCUGCUCUUAGUUAUCUAAAGGCAGUUGGUCCUGUAGCAUAUAAAGUACCCAUACAUAAAGAUGAGAAGUACAGCAGGGAGAGCCAGCAAACAAACAGCAGACAGGAACAAAGCGCUGUGCCUUCUGUCAAAGAUGCCAAAAGGUCUUUUUACUUUCUUUCGUCUUUUUAUGCUCUUACUCAGUUUCUCCACUAUUUGCCUGGGAGUACUUUGCAUGUCCACAAAUUCCUCCAUGUGCAGAUGUGGGAACAACAAGCUAGUGUUUCAUUGCCUUUUAGCUUUGGGGCUCUCUCUCCUUGUUACUGGCAUUUUUUGGAGCACUUUCCAUGAAGUCCUGAAGUACAGGGCCCUUGGCAUCUUCAUUCAAAAUCUCAGCCACAGAGAACCACAUGUCUGCACCAUAGACAGGCCUGACUUCUACCCUCCCUCUUAUGAAGACAGAAUAGAUGCUGAAAAACUGGUCUUCCCACUGCCAGUUGCCUCCACACUAAAACAGCAAGAAUUCAUCAAUAUUCCUCUGCCUCCAUACAGUGAAAGUAGUGCAGAGUUUGUCAGUGAAACAAAUGAGCAGGAACAGCCACCACCAUAUACUUUAUCUGUGGAGCAGCAGCAAACAGCUGACCAAGACCCAAACCUCAGAGGGGGGUUAAAUUCUCAUAUAUCCAUGCAAGAAACCAGUUGCCAACAGGAUACAGACUUCCAGAGGACCUCAGGAAGAGCAACACCUGUCAAAACAAGAGAGACAGGCAGCCAGUAAAAUCCUUCAUCUGUGAAACAGGGCAAACUGGAAGAAGACUGUGUCAGUGAUCCCUAAUAGUAACACUACUUAGGACGAAAUUGCAUAGGAAAAACAUUGAUCAUUUGUGACUUAGAGUGGAGUUGGAGGGGAUAUGCAAAAGUGCUCAGUAUUUCAAAUUAGAAUAAAUCUCCAUAUAGAAAUGCUCAGGCUGUGUCUAGUAGAAGUCACCAUCUCUGGUAAUAGGAGUUUCUUAAGCUACCAGAUAAAUGAAGCAUCAUGGUGUUAUCAAUCUUGACUUGUGCUUCAUAAGGAGCUUCAGAUGAGAACUGUAAUUUUUUUUGUUUUGGGACAUUAACUGACUUGGGAAACGUAUUAACUUUUGUUUGAAAUUUGCAGAUUAUUUGUUGCAACUGAUUAUUUUUGUAUUGUAUGUCUUUCAAGUUGUUUUAUGUGGGGGUAAAAAUAACUGUUAUUUUGCUAAUGAAUUCAUGAAUACAUUUUGUAUUUAAAACAAAUGCCUUGUAUUUGCUUAUAUGAUAUGAGGCACCCAUGAUUCAGGAAAAGGGCAGAAUAAAAUACACUACCUAGCUGCCAAA